UACCUGUUCACGCCCAACGUUGUGCAAAAAGUCCAUUUUUAGUACUUGCGUUACACUAAUGCAGAACUCUCAACGAAACGAAAAUACAUCUACUACAUCGUCGGCAGCGUUUGCAGAUCUAACCGCAAAAGAAAACAGAGACAUCCCAAAGACUCGUUCUCGGAGAAAAACAUUGGAGAAAGACGAGAAACCAUUAGAUGUUUUAAUUGAUCCCAAAAUGCCGAACAAUAAACCUAGAAAUAGAAUGUGGAUGAGAACAACUGCCUUUUUAAUAUUCUUAGGCUGCGUAAUAUUAUUUUUUGUUCCUGAAGAAAAAUUUAACUUCAAAUCAGAUCUCGGUUUACCACCAGAAACAGAUCCAGAUCCGAGUUCUAAUAUAAAUGUAGAUUUAGAACACUCCAAAUCAGAUAAUAUAGAAGACAUUACAUCAAUAAAUCCUGCUGUUCCUACGAAAUCGAAAGUAAGUAGUCCUAAAAAGGCUACAAAAACUCCAUCUUCAAAAAUCACCUCAAAACAUUGUACUGUGCCUCAUCCUGGUCGUCCGCUUGUUCAAUAUGCGCUUAUGAUUGACGCUGGGUCUACAGGUUCACGCAUACAUGUAUAUCGAUUUAACUAUUGUAAAGCCUCACCAGAACUAGAAGAUGAGAUUUUUGCUCAUAUAGAACCAGGCCUUUCUUCGUAUGGGGACAAUCCGGAAGCAGCCGCAAAUAGUUUGAAUGAUUUGAUGGAAGUAGCUCUCAAGAAUGUUCCAAAAGAGUUACAACAUUGUACUCCAGUAGCUGUUAAAGCAACAGCUGGGUUACGCUUGCUGGGACUUAAAAAAAGUGAACGUAUUUUGGAAGCUGUUAGAGAGCAUUUAGAGACAAAUUAUCCCUUCCCUAUAAUAGAAAAAGAUGGUGUCGUGAUCAUGGACGGUAAAGAUGAAGGUGUUUAUGCAUGGAUUACGGUAAAUUAUUUAUUGGACAGAUUAGGUAGCGGAAAAAAAUUGCCUACAGCUGCAAUAUUUGAUCUCGGAGGUGGUUCAACUCAGAUCGUUUUUGAACCUGAAGCAAAUUUUGAAGUUGCACCAGGAGAACAUAAACACGAACUAGAGUUUGGUGGCCACAAAUAUAUUCUUUACCAGCAUUCAUAUUUGCAUUAUGGACUCAUGGAAGCAAGAAAAGCAAUUAAAAGAUUCAUGGCGAAAUUAUGGAUUUCUACACCUAAUAAGAAAGAUGAUUUAAUUUCCGGAAUAUCAUCUGAACUGGAUAUUUCAGAAGAUCAUAUUCCAAAUCCUUGCUUGCCCAAGAAUUAUACUGAAGAAUUUUCACUUUCUGAUAUUUCACAUUCUAGGGAUGAAGAUUCUAUAACUAUUGUUGGCACUGGUGCAGGUCACGCUCAAUGUAGAUUUAUUAUUGAACAAGUACUUAACAAAACAAAUGAAUGUCCGCUAUCUCCAUGUUCAUUUAAUGGGAUAUAUCAACCAUCACUGGAAGUAACUUUUUCCUUACAUGAUAUUUAUGCAUUUUCGUAUUUUUAUGAUCGAAUGAGUCCCUUAGGAAUACCGGCUGAUUUUUCCCUUAAAGAACUCAGAGAUUUAACAGAUGCAGUGUGUGCAGGAAAUGUCAGUCAAUUUAGUCAUUUACCGGAAGCUAUGAAAGAAAUUAAAAAGAAUCCACAUUAUUGUAUGGAUUUAACAUUUAUUUAUGCAUUAUUACAUGUUGGAUAUGAAAUACCACUUGAUAGGGAAGUAAAAAUUGCUAAAAAAAUUAAAGGUAUUGAAACUGGGUGGUGUCUGGGAGCUGCUAUUGCUGUAUUGGAUCAUAAACUAUGGUGUAAAUGAUUUGUUUAUACUAUUAAUUUUUUUUUUUCUU